AUGGCUAAACAUGUUGCAAUUAUAGGAGUAGGGAUCUCGGGUUUAACAGCAAUAAAACAAUGUCUAGACGAUGGUUUAAUUCCAAUUUGUUUUGAACAAAAUUCUUUUACUGGCGGAAUAUGGAGAUAUGAAGAUGUUUGUGAAAAAAAUAAUGAACCUUAUUCUUCAAUUUAUAAAGGUCUUUUAACUAAUACAUCUAAAGAAAUGACGACGUUUUCUGAUUUUCCAAUUCCAACAGAUUGGCCGACUUAUAUGAAUCAUUUUCUAGUAGAAAAAUACAUCGAUAUGUACGCUGAACAUUUUAAUCUUUUACCUCACAUUAAAUUUAAUACUACCGUGUUAAAAGUAUCAAUUCUUCCUGAUAAACGAUGGAAAGUUAAAUAUAUAAUCCAAAGUGAAAAUAACGAAAAAGAAGAGAUUUUUGAUUUUGUAAUGGUUUGCUCUGGUCAUCAUCGCAAACCUAAAUGGCCCGAAUUUAAAGGAAUGAAUUUAUUUAAAGGCGAACAAUUACAUUCUUAUAAAUAUAAACGAGCUAUAGAUUUCGAAAAUAAACGCGUUUUGAUUGUUGGUUGUGGUAAUAGUGCAAUGGACAUCGCGGUUGAAUUAACACAUUCUGCAUCGCAAGUCUAUUUAAGCAUUCGUAGAGAAAAACUUCCAUGGAUAAUACCACGCUUUGUAAAUGGUAAAGCACGUGAUCAUCGUACAUCUCGUUUCUCUGCAAAAUAUAUUUCAUCUUCUGAUAGAGGAAAAGUUAUUGAAAACCAUAUUAUUAAAACUUUUCCAUUUCCCUCUCAUUUAAUACCUACUGAUCCUUUAAUUGCUACAUUUCCUACUAUAAAUUCUGAUAUUUGUCAGUGUCUCGCAGCUGGCACAGUUAUUGUAAAACCAAACAUUAAAGAACUUAAAUCUGAAAAUAAUCAAAUUGAAUUUGUUGAUGGAACUAUUUUAGAAAAUAUCGAUGUAAUUAUUUAUUCUACUGGUUUUUAUAUUGAUUAUCCAUUUUUAGAAAAACAUAUUUAUACUGGUG